AUGGCCAUCAAUGUUUACUUCACAGCUUCCAGCAGUGAGAACCUGAGUCGACACAGCAUGUUGACCUGGGUCAACGACGCACUUCAGUUGGGUUACACCAAGAUCGAGCAGCUGUGCUCGGGCGCAGCCUACUGCCAGUUCAUGGACAUGCUCUUCCCCGGCUCCAUCGGCCUGAAGAAGGUGAGGUUCCAGGUGAGGCUGGAGCACGAGUACAUCCAGAACUUCAAGCUGCUUCAGGCCGCCUUCAAGAAGAUGGGUGUGGACAAAAUCAUCCCGGUGGACAGGCUGAGCAAGGGCAGGUUUCAGGACAACUUCGAGUUCCUGCAGUGGUUCAGGAAAUUCUACGAGGCCAACUUUGACGGCAAGGCCUACGAGCCGGUGGCUGCUCGCCAGGGCCAGGAGGUCGGACCUCCUCCGGGCUCCCACCCCUCUGGAUUCAACAGGCCCAAGAAGACAGUGAGCACGCUGAGCGCGGCGGCGGGUUGCACCCAGGACAAGAAGGCCCUCCUCCGCUCCUCAUCAUCGGGCACCUUCCUGGCGCGCUCCAAGGCAGCCCCGAAGGCCGGCGGGUUGGCGGGGGGGCAGGGGGCAGCGCACAAGAGUGGAGGAGUGGGUCCCGAGAGGUCCAGCGUGGCGGGCAACGGGGACGCUCACAUGAGCGAGCUCGCCGACCAGAUGAAGGUCCUGAGGACCGAGCUGGUGGAACUGGAGAGGGAACGGGACUUCUACUUUGGGAAGCUGAGGAGCAUCGAGGUGAUCUGCCAGGAGAACCAGCAGGAAGACAACAAGGUGGUCCAGCAGGUGGAGAAGGUGCUCUACUCCACCGAUGACACCCUCUCUCCGCACGAGGUUGGAAGCCACACAUCGGGAGAAGCAGAGGAAUAUUAA